AUGGCCUCAAAUGCGUCAACACGCUUCGCUAUUCCUCUCCAUCGGUCACAUUCACUAAUAACCACGACGCAGGUAGUCUUCCGCUACCUCGGACGUCUGUCUGUCCUCCGAGACGUCUUCAGUAGAGAUAUUUUGGCAGACUUACAUCGACUAGCAACCAAUUGCUUAAGGGUGCUGGGCUCUAUUCCGACACGCCCACCUACAGUUGGCGAGCGCUAUCUCAGCGCUUUCAUUUCCGCAAGAACGCCUGCCGAGUUGGACAACGACAACGACCCCGACUGCAUGGCCGUCGCUCUUCCCCAUCCUUACGCCCCGCGACGUCCAAAGGCCACGCUGCGCAGUUCCUAUGAUGCGCAAACCGCCGGAGGCAUGCGCGAGGAUUCUAGGGCAAUUAAUGCGAAAAUCAGUCUAGAAGACGCCGAGGACGAUGCCCGUGAUCGUCAAGACGUCGUCCAAUACCUGCCAAUUGAUCUCAUACCCCGCGACCUUCCACGCCCCCGAUCCGCCGGAGGCAUGCGCGGGGCCCCAAGAAUGAUUAAUGCGGAAAUGCUGGUAAGUUUCGUCUUCGACGAUCCGUUCUGGAGGUGCCAUCCGCACCGACCGAUGCCCUCGACAAGCCAGGCCGCUCUCUCCGCAUCGCCGAAGGCCUCGACUAGGUUUCCGGGGUCAUUGAGGCAUGCGCGCGCGCCCUCGGGUGAUGAAUGCGACAACACCAAAGCGGUAGUUCACAAGGGGAAGAGCGCGCGCCGCUCGCAGCCGCGCAGCGGCGCGAAUGCAGGGAGAUAUGGUGGAGGGAACACUGAGGACGCGUACCGUGCGAGAGCAGGGAGAUACGGUCGAGGGGACACACGAGAGCACGCGGCGACCGACGAGUGCGGCGGGUCGUCACGAAAGCGCCGACAAGACACGGCGAAUCGCGCGAGAAGCGACGCCGGCACGCGCGCGGACGGGGGAGACCAUGACCGAGCUAAUCACGGCCGUCCCGCCGCCACCGCUGCUGCCCGAAUGCGAAGAAGACGCCCCGUGAAGAGAUUCGACUCUAUGCCUCCCCAUACCCCUUCACGCCGCGCCCCCGCACGACCCCAGGAGAGGGGAGACCAUGCCCUUCUCGCGGCUGACGUGCACGAGCAGGACCUUACCUCGAUGUUUAUCAUCCCGAAGACCGCCUCAUCGCCGCACUCCACGCCACUCGACGAUGGGCUGCGAGCGAUGCGGCACCCCUUCGACCAACUGCCCUCCCCCAUCAUCCCACCUCUCAACCCGGCGAUUUCUCAGCAAGGUGAGGUCCUCCUCAUGAUGAGGGACCUACGCAGAUGCGCGCAACACACCACAAAGUGCUUGGUCGACGACGGCACGCGAGAGAGGGGCGAGGAGGAGGGGGAGUGCCGUUUCCCCUCGUCAAAAGCUGUAUACACGCCGUUGCCACGGCCGGGCAUUGACGAGGAGGCCCUCGACUUUGAAGGGGGUGACCCUCAUGACUCGGAAAGUACACGCAGACCGCCGCGGCGCUCGCGCGGCUCCCUCGUCCUCGCGAGGGUGGGGGAGAUGGCACCCCACCCCACCCUUUCCCUCCUCCACUACAAGGACUGUACUCCGCGCGGGCGAGGUGCUCUCGGCGCCGUAGAAAGCGGUGGGGUGGGGGAGGACGAGGAGGCAGGGGGGAUGUCGAGGGCGAAUCGAGCGCCGCUUUCGACGUUUUCUGCCUCGCGGGUGGCGUGCGCGACGUCGCGGGACACGGGGAAGGUGUUUGGCGGCUGCGGGAGGGGUCAACAAAGGAGGGGAGCGGGGUGGAAAGGGCGAGACAACGCGCGAAGUCGCCGUCGUGGUGGUCAUCUGGCAGUGCAGUAG